AUGAGUGGAACAGAAUUUUUUAACUUUGUAGAAUUAUGUGGCGUCAAACUUGAGGAUGAAAAUAUACAAAUUUACACGGAUUUGUAUGUUAGCUUCACGCAAUUUAAAAAAACGUCAACAUAUAAACAAAAUUUUGAACGUGCUUUUAUAGAAUGGAAAAGACUUGGGGAAAAAUCGGUUCAAGACACCCAGACGACGUUAUUGGACAACCACUACCAUCUACCCUCACAACUACAGAAAAUUCACAAUAAAGAUCCGACCUGUUUUACCAACUACACGUUACACUCACCUGCAAAACAAGCACUGCAAAAUCUUACCGUCGACAACGUUGAAAAUAGCCUAAACCCUACAACAGCCAGUGUUGAAAUUGACGUGCUAGGUGAGUGUGAUGAUUUACUACAAAAUCUAAUGUGCCAGCAACCACAACAAGAUAAUAUAAAUACAGAUGAAUUGGUUACUAUAAACGCUGACGACAUUUGUACCGCAUCACCACUUUUAGCCAGUAAAACUGUAUCUGUGUCCGGUUCGCCACCAACACACCAACGCCAAGGUAAAAAUAUGGAACAAAUUAAAGCCCUAUACGACGAGCAACACCUUGAAAAACCUCAAAACCUUAAACCUAUUCCUAAAACCCGAAAACGUAAGCAUACCCCUGAUGCUGAUGAUUGCAGUCCCGGUCCUGGCCGUCCCACACACAAAACCGCUCUUCUAAAAACCGCUAAUGGUACGGAUGAAGAAGAUGCGUAUAUAAGCAAAUUUGAAAGCAGAGAACUGAUUUUGCUAACCAGCGUAGGUCUUGAAAGAAAAAAAAGAACAAUACUAACAAAAUACGGUAGCAAUAUAAAAUGUAGUGCAAGUAAGCACUAUAAUUCUUAGAAGACAAGCCUUAGAUAAAAUAAAAGAACAGCGUGAAGUGCUAAAUAGUCUUAAUCCACUAGAAUUCUUCAUAGAAAAGGAUAUUAAAAAUAGCGAUAGCAAUUAAAAUUUGCUCAAUAUUUGUAUAUACAUAUAGUUUUAAAUGUUGAUUUUUGUUAAUACUUGUUAAUAUUUGUUAAUAAUUGUUUAUUUUUAUUAAUUUUAUGAAAAAUUGUUGCUUUUUAGUGUGAAGUUUCACUUCACACUAUUGUGAUGGCUGGCGAAUUCACACGAAUCAGUCAAACAGUCAGUCAGUCAGUCAGUCAUAGAGUAAACUUUCUGGGGGGUGUAUAUGAUUUAUGUUCGUAGUGAUUUAUUGUACUUAGUCAGUACUUUGAAGGUUAUUUAGGCAAUUUCAGUUAACUUAUUUACAUAUUCUGUUAUCCUUUUGCCAAGUUCACAAAAAUUUCGAGGAAUCGCUUUCGUUAUUGUAAUUUUUUGUAAAUUUUAGAACAUUCGCUUCUCAUGUUGUGUAAAGGAUCUUUACCCCGGAACACCCGAUUUUUCUUUAGUAGCGCAAAUGCGCAUGCGCUAUCAAGCCGUAGAUCACGAUGGCGUGACGAUAUGCUAGGAAGGGGUGACAGUGUUGUUUUCAGAUGUAUAAAGAUUUCAGACGUGAAUAUUGAGUAAAUCUUUGAAAAUCUACGCAAUAUAUAAAUUGAUCUUAUGCAUUACGGGCAUUCAAUUAAGUGCCGAUAAUAUUUAGACGGUAUAUUCAUUAUACAGAGCUAGGAAGGAGCUAGACCGCCUAGACAGUGCAGUUGAGUGUAUAAACAUUUCAGACGUAAAUAUUGAGUUGAAAAUCUUGUUUCUAGGCAUUCAAUUGAGUGCCGAUAUUAUUUUUUCACGGCAUACUCAUUAUACAGAGGUACAGUACGUGCAGGCAGAAGCGAGACAGUGUUGUUUUCAAGUAUAUAAAGAUUUCAGACGUGAAUAUUGAGUAAAUCUUUGAAAAUCUACGCAAUAAUAGUAAUACAAUAUACAAAUUGAUGUUAUGCAUUACCGUCGAUAUUAUUUAGACCGUAUAAGUACAUUCUCAUUGACUGUAUAAGGUGCUACAUCACAGAAUAGAUGGCUAUACUCAGUACAAAGAGCGAAAAAUUGCAUCAGAUUUGUAUCAGAUCAAUAAAGCAUAAACAACUAUUAAACAGAAGCGGGUAAACGUUUGUAUGGCGUUUACGAAGAAAAAACCUUAUGAGACUAAAGGAAUCAGUCGAGUCAGAGCUCCUUGUAUAAAUAUUAAAGAAAGACGAGGAGAUAGCCAACGUGUUAUCGCUAAUCGCUUAAUUGGCUCGCCAACAAGCUUUAUGCAAUAGAAGAAAAAAGCAAGGAGGUACAUGUAGCCAAUGUGUACAUUCACGGACCUUGCCCUUGUCUUUGUUUACUUCUAGUGUCUAGCACAACGCCGUUGUCAACGGUGCAAACUCGUAUUCAGUGCAACGAUAACUCUACCAGAUCUUACGAGAAUCAAUCUGUAGUAUUCUGUACACAGAACUGUAUCAAAGCUUGUCAAAAAUGUUUUAAACACUGCUAUAACUGUGAAACUAUUGAAAUCUAAAGUGAUAUUUAUAUUCAACACAUGCGAAAAGCUGAAAAUAGACACACGUCACACUGGGAAAAGUCAAAGGUCAAUGAAACUUGUUAUUGUGAAACAUGUCACAAUUAAGUUAAAAUGCAGAAGCGGAUGGGGCGGAUCCACGGAACGGAUAUGCGGAUAAAAUACGGAAUGGAUGAGGAUAAAAUGCGUCUUUUAAUGAUGUAACGACGUAGUGCUUAUUAUUCACAACAUAUCUUAUACAGCCAUUUCAAUUAUAGUUUAUUAGAUAAAUUUAGCAUAGCAGUAACCUCGUGGGGAUGCUUUCAGCGACAGCUGCAAAUGAAAAUUUAGAAUAUGCAAAAUUUGGUUGUUGGUGACACAAUAAAUAGAUGAAUUGCAUCAGUUUCACAAGGCAUGUUUCUGAUGUGUUAGGCUUGUUUCAAACGUCACGCUACUUGUAUGCCGAGCGUAUUAAAAGCAAUAAAUAAUGAGAUGAAAUGCCUUUGGUAACUGUUUAUUUCGUAGUGUAAACCAUCAAGCUUUUCUAGGUUGUCGGCGACCCUAUAUAGUUCUUGCAGUGCCUUUUUAAAUUUGAAACUUCACACUAUCCUUGGAUCCCUAGUAUUACUUUUUUAUUUAUGUUGUUUAAUUAUUAACCAGAAACUAGAAAAACCGGAAACACGUCACCCGCAAGUGAAUCAGUUCGGUUCACUCCAGUCUCCAGUCCGAAAUUUCAUGAGUCCAGGUUGAUGAAUCCGGUCUUUUUUUGUCCUGUGUCAAUCAAGAUACACAUACUAACAACUGCACUGUGAUUUCUGGAUUUCAGACUGGGACUGGAGUAUGAACGGAACCGCAAACCGGAAACACGUUACAAGCGCCGCCCCCCUCUUCUCUUAUAUUACCCGCGCCAAAUUCGAAAUCGAAUCAGUUUGGUCGACCAGGACUCUCCGUCAUGCAUGCGCACUUGCGCCAAUGCGCCACGACUUCGCUUUUCAAAGCAGGAGCCAACGCCCAUCAAAACAACCGCCCAUCAAAACAACCCCCCGUCCGUGGACACGAUUUUUUCACUUUUUUUUGCUGACUCAUCAUUUCUUAUAAUACAAUCUUAUAGUAAAUUGCAAAAAUUUCCCACACCCCCACUAAAAAAAAUCAGUUUUUCUUAGUAUACUACUUACAGUGGUAAUAUUAACUUCUUAAUAAUUGAAUGCAAGGUCGGUACAGACAAAUAUUGGACCAAGGUCUUUUUUAUAUGGUAUUUCAAUUAAGUUUCUUCCCAAGCAAAGCGGAAAAGUUGAAUACGAGCGCGAAAGGCUUGCUGUGAUUCACUCAAAUUUAAUGAAUUUUUUAGUGAUUCCCAGCAAGCCUUUCAUGCUCGUAUUUGACUUUUCCGCUUUGUUCAGGAAAGAAAUUGUAUAUAUAUACAAUAUUUCUCUGUAUAGACUGAGCAAGUGAAAUUAAUAAAAUGUUUAUUAGCCUACAUGGCAUUUAUACUUUAAAGAAACAACAAAUGAAUGAUUUAAAAUGCAUAUAAUAAUAGUGUGGUACACAUUUGGUCAAAGAAAACAAAAAAUACAUAUUCCUUCUUUUCCACUAAAAACCAUUCGCACAUAUCUUAUUAAUAACAAAUUAAAUUAUAAUUUUCAAUUACUGUACCUUUGCUGUUUUAUUGGGAAAAUAAUGGACUGCUGAAAGUGCUUCUCAGCCAAUCACAGUCCGCCAUUUCAUCGGAAGUGAUGCUUGCCAUAUAAUAAUACAUAAUAAUUAUGUUUGUUUUCUGUAUUUUAGAAUCUAGCAAUAACAGAGUGUUGAAACAAAAGUGUCAGAAAGGUUUGUAAUAUUCAAAUGUAUUUAUGUAUUAAUUCUAAACCUUUUAUCGUAUAAAAUUUAAGCAGUAUACUUUCAUGGGGUAUACAUUCACACAUACUGUAGACGGAUUUUCAUAUUUUCUACUGGGGUAGUGCCAGAAAUUUUAGGGGGGUGAGCCGUGAGCAGGUGACUGAAGCAACACAAAGUGUCACCAAACCCCAAUAAGGUUUAUAUUGUAGGGAUGGAGCAGUAGAGCUGCAAGGGAGAGUCUAGAGAGCAAAAACCAAAGUAUCCCAGGAAACAUUUGAAAAGAAUCAUGAUUUGUAGCUUCGAAAAAAAGUUUUUUGAAGUUGUCAUGUCAAUGGAUUUGGUAUGUCCAAUUGUCUGUUGAGAAUUGAGAGAGUUGAAAACAAUGGACCUGUAAAAGUGUAAACCCAAUAGACAAUAUGCUUUUUCUUUUGUAAAGUCAUUGACAUUGUGUUGUUUGAAUCCAAGUACAAUUUAUGAUGCAACUUGAACUACUAUGAACUACCAUACUGUACUGUACAUAAUUGAUAUUUCAAAACUUUUACUUAAAUUGAAAAAAACACUAAACUUUUACUGAAAAAAGUUUAAACACUAAACUGUAUAAAAUUAAAGUUAAAAACACUAAACUGUAUAAAAUAGUAAUUGGACAAGUACUGGUGUAACACAUUAUGUAGCCUAAAUAGUGAGGACCAGUAGUCCAAAUUUGGUUAAGUUUUUACAUUUAUCUACUCUGACUCCUAUGAUGAACAUGUAUGCAAAAAACAAGGGAAGCUACGAUUAAUUAGAUAGAAACUAAAAUACAUGGAAUUUUUUAUGGAACACGAUAAAAGGCGAGGAUAGACAGUAAGAGCGAGAGAUUGAAUUUGAAACUAAAUAAAAGUGCACUAUUUAAGCAUUUAUUUAUUAUGCCGAAUAUUGCGGGGGUUGAAAUUUUUUUUGGAGGGGUGGACAUUUUGUUGGGGGAGGGGGGGGGGGUUAUAGCUAAUAAUACCCCCAGAAAAUCUGUCUAUGCAUUCACGGCAUAUAAAGUGUGCUAUCUUUGAAAUAUUGCAUUUUGUUAUAGCCCAUGUUCCUGGUGAACUUAAUCGAAAAUCUGUUGCUGCUGCCUUCGACUGGGAAUGCGAGCUUUAUAAUGAGCUACUAGACAUGGAUUUGGCAGAGAAAUGGUCAUUUACCAAAGAGCAGACUUGCUCAAAUUCAGCUGGCUCAAAAGAUGCUGCUGCUGAAUUUAUUGUGCGUAGCCAAGUUGCAACAUCAUAUGAUCAUAAAUGCUAUGAGGGUUGUCAAAACAAAGGAAUAGUAAUGCACUGCAAGUUUAUGGUUAAUAUGAAUUGA